AUGAAUCUUAUUGCACAUGAAGUAAAUGAAAACCAAAGGAGUAUUGAAGAAAUCUGCAUCUGCUGUGGCAGUUUCCAGAUUCAUACCCAGCAUCCCUUGUUUCACGGAGGAAUUUGUACUCCAUGUACGGAGAACUUUCUGGAAACAUUUUUCCUGUAUGAUGAGGAUGGCUUCCCAGCCUUUUGUACCAUCUGCUGCUCAGGGAAAACUCUGCUAAUGUGCGAUGAUCCAACUUGCAAUAGAUGCUAUUGUCUGGAGUGUCUGGAUGUCCUUGUAAGUCCUGGUACUGCAGAGAAAAUUAAAGCAAUGAAUACAUGGCUGUGUUUCAUGUGCCUCCCCUUGAGUUCAAAUGGUUUGCUGAAGAGGAAGAAGAGAUGGCGUGCAAAACUGAAGUGCUUCUACGAUCAGGAAUCUAACCAUCUUGAGAUUUAUCAGCCUUUAUCCCCAUGGGAUCGAAAGCCAAUCAAUGUUCUCUCCCUUUUUGAUAAUAUUACCACAGAGAUGAAAAAUCUUGGAUUUUUGGGCAGCAGCUUGGGGGAUGGCAGGCUGAUAUACUUAGAUGAUGUCACCAAUGUUCUGAGGACAGAUGUAAAAGGAUGGGGUCCUUUUGAUUUCAUAUUUGGUUCCACUCCUCCAGUUGGAAAUUCCUACGAACACCCUCCUGCUUGGUACUUCUAUCAAUAUCACCGCAUCCUACAAUACGGGAAACCCCUAGAGAGCAGUCAGAGGCCAUUCUUCUGGAUGUUUGUAGAUAAUCUGGUGCUGGAAAAAGAAGACAGAGAGACAGCUUCACGAUUCUUUAAGACGGAGGCAGUGACUAUCCACAGGGAACAUGCAGAAACUGUCCAGAAUGCUGUGAUCUUAUGGAGCAACAUACCAUCUCCACGUGGCACUAGUUCAGAGAAAGCUCCGAGUUAUAAUGCCAGUUAUUAUGACAUUGACGAAGAAUCCACUGCUGUAGAAUGUCCUGACACUUCUUACAACAUCUCAAAAUACACGUUUUUCACACCAUUCAAUGGAGUAAUCGCCUGUUGA